CGGGCUGGUUUAGUCCUCUAAGCAGCUACUAGUCCAAUUAACCCGGAGGACGGCCCACAUCAAGGCACGUCGCCAGUUUUAAACUAACUUACACCCCUCCGGCGAGACGAUGAACGUGAGCGGCGCUCCAGCAUUACGAUGAUACGACAGCCCGCCAUCAACAGAGGAGUCGGACCUGAAGCAGCUCGGUGUCGGUGUCGGUGAGAUGCUGCUGUAAUUUCCAGCCUGAGCCUGUGCUGUCGCGAUUUGGGCUCACUCAGUAAGCCUGGAUAAGCUCCUGGAGAGCCGGGAGCUGUAGGCCUGCGUCGUUCUUUUUUUUAUUUUUUUUUAUUUUUUUUAAACCGGAGUUUCGUCGGACUGUCGGAGGAGGAUCGUUAACAUGGAAACAGUCACUGAUGUGCUGCUCGUCACCGCAAAUGUCGGCUCCCUGUUUGACAAUCUGGGUGAAAUUCAAAAUGAAUGGUUACAAGAGUUGUAUAAGACUAUCCACAGCCACAAGCCGCAGUUCAUCGCCCUGCACUUCCAGGAGGUGGGAGGGAAGGAUUACAUGGCCAACAUGGGCCAUGCAGAAAACUUCUUCUGGAGCAUUGAGUCCAGUGAUGAAAUGAAAGACUUCAACAGGGUUUGCAUUUAUGUGGACAACCAGUUCCAAGCAGAGGACAGCUUCACGGCUUUGGGGAGCAUGUACUUCAUCCACAAGACACUGCAAAAUGUCUAUCAAUAUGACUUUGAAGCUAAGGAUUUUAAAGCAGUGUCGGGGCAGACCAAGCGUGUGGGCUCUCUGGACGGGGUCACCACAGUGGAGAAAGAAAAAUUCCCAAAGAAUUUCUGGCCUGAUUUCAAGUGGUCCAGAAAGGGCUUCAUGAGGACCCGCUGGAUCAUACACGACCAAGGUCUGGACCUGGUCAAUGUCCACCUGUUCCACGAUGCCUCCAACCUCAUUGCCUGCAAAUCCAGCCCUUCUAUUUACUCAGCCAACCGUAAAAACGCUCUCAGAUAUGUCAUCAACAGGAUAUCAGACAACCGCUACACUCCCCUGCCUUUUUUCGUGUUUGGAGAUUUCAACUUCCGUCUGGACGCACUUACUCUGUUCCAGCAUCUAUCCACCGCGACAGAUGUGCAGACAGUGAAGAAGGAUAGCAGUAACGAAGUGGAGAAAAUCAUCUGCGAAGAAAAAGACAAUGACCACAAGGUUCUGCUCCAGAUUGAAGAGAAGCUGUUCGCUUACCUGCACCAGGCGGUUUUCAGAGAAGACAAUGGCAGAGCACUUUUAAAGUAUGACAAAGAGGUUGCAGCCUUUCAUGACAUAUUAAGGGAAGAGGACAUUAAAUUCCCACCAAGCUACCCGUACAGUGAAGAGUACACCAAACCCACCCAGUACAUGAACACUCGCUGUCCUGCGUGGUGUGAUCGAAUCCUCAUGUCACACGCUGCCCAAGAUUUCAUCCACAGGAGAGAUGAUGGCGAGAAGAGUGUUGUUUACAACACAGUGGGUCCUAACGUCUGUAUGGGAGACCAUAAGCCUGUGUUCUUGUCCUUCUCACUGAAGACAAAUGACCACUGACUCGGAUCCUUGUCCAUGGUCUGUAAACACACCGUCCACAGAGGGUAAUCCAACCGCAGGGCUCGACCACGCCGUUCUCACAUCACCAGCGUCUCACAUCUGAUCUCACCGUCGCACGCUGUUGACCACAGCUUUAGCACCAUGCGCACAAAUAGCUGUCACUUCGAAGGCAGUUCUACGAUUUCUCCACUCAUCCUCAGAUCUUAAGUCCCCUCACCUAAAAGCUCAGAGUCAGCGAGGAUGUUCCCAGAAUGCCCUCCUGCAGCCGAGGGCACCGGACCCUGUUAGAUGAAUGUGUACAUGCUUACAUACGACACUGUUAAAUUCCAGACGAGUGAUUUUAGUUGUAGCAUUUUUGAGCAUAUGCCUUUUAUAUUGGCACAGUCAAAAAAUACACAAGUUGUUACAAUUUUACUAAUUUCUUACCGGCCCUGAAUAUUUUAUUUAAACCUUUGAGUCAGUCAGGCCACUUAGAGUAGAAAUCAUGAUCAUAAAACCUCAGCGUAACAAUGUUUAGUUUAAGGUUUAGAAGAAUAACUUUGUUAUUCUGAGCCAUAGUGUGUAUAAAAAUAUUAAAACUAAAAAAAUAUGGGAUUUUUAAUAUUAACUGUUGACUGAAUGUCUACGUGUAUUUUUGUAUUUUAUGCCCUAAUUAGUUCAGGUAUUUAUUUAUUACUAUCACAGUAACAUUUGACACAACAGGAGACACACAUAGAGGGAUGCUGCUUUCUCAGUUCCCUGUUGACGGGUUUAGUUUUCUGCCCUUCACAGCAUUUACGAUUGAUUUUUACUGACAUGUUCUUAAUACCUGUAGCUACUUCACACACAGCGACGCUUAACUAUGUCAGUUAAGGAAUGGAUUUGUAAUAGUGACAUUAUGUAGGAAUGACACUAGACUGGUAAAAAAAAAACAAAAAACGUUUAUAGCAACAACAAAACAUCUACGGCAGUUUCCAUCUGCUGUGGUAGGAGCUGUAUUCAGCUCACCGUAACGUAGAGAAAGAAUGUUUUACCUUUUUUGUACUUGCAGUCAUAUUCUUUCUGUACUUUAAACCAAGUGCUUUAUUCCACAAGCCAGCAGUUUUCAUUUUGUCAGUCGUAACGGUCCUCACUCAAAGAAAGUGAUUUUUGGCAGUUUGUCUUUGCUGCACGUCGUCUGCACAGACAUUUCUUCCGCCCUGUUUUUUGGUUGGUGUCGACCUCAUUUCAUUGCCAAAAGAAUCACACCAUACUCCUCUUGUGUUUACUUCCGUGUGGAUGGCUUCACAAACACAACAAAGUCCUGUAUGUAUACAGUACACACACACACACACACACACACACAACACAGAGGCACUGUUUGCUCUCGGAUUCCUUCGAUUUACGUCUUAUUUCAUGUUCUUGGUUCGUAGUCUGUACUGUAGCUGUAUUUUGAUGUUUUGAUCUGGCUUUAAUAAUGACUAAUUGAGUGGAUUUAAAAUACGUUUGUUACUUAUUUUAUCUUAAUUUUUUUGAGUGUUUUGUGAAACUUACAUGACUUGAUGUAACAGUACACUCCCUAUAUUGGUACCAAAAUGCUUUUUCCAUGCAUACCUUUACAGGUAUUGAGUUUGGACUGUCAAUGUCAUGUUUGUACACCGUAACGAGGAACAGUGAUGCAAAUGUCUGUGUAGAUUGAAACUGUUUGUAAGUUUAAAAAAAAAACUCAUCGAGGAUUGUUGUUGUUACAGGAGCCGAGUUGUUAUAAGGUCAGUAUUACCUUUAGAUUAACUCUGGUAAGACACUACAUCUUUGUGCUAUUUCACUUUUGUAAAUAAAACGUUACCCUCAGAA